AGCAACAGUAAAAUAAACAAAGUUUUUGUGAAUUACCUGAAAAUCGUUUUACAAUUUAGUUUGUAUCUAGUUUUUAACGAUUAAAGUACAGUAAAAUGGAUAAAAUAAAACCUAAAAAAUAUAUGAAUCCCAUAACAUUGGAAGCUGAAUUGUUCGUCAACAAUUUGGAAUUUUUGUCCAAGACAUACCAUCAGUAUGAUGAGGUGAUGGUAAGUUCAUUGGAAAAGGUAAUGAAUGCCAUUGAAAAAUUUUUGGACUCAAAUCCAAGCGAAAUCUUGGCCACGGAAAAUACAAAACUAGUAGCAUGCGAUAAUCUAAAUCACAUUCAACGACUUUAUCAUUGCUUAAACUGCAAAACCGAUUUGGGAAAGUCUGUAGAAAAAGUUACAUUGCACCUGACGGAACAAUGUGGUGAAAAAGCGGCUGUUGUUGCGGGCGGCAGUGGCCGGCAAAAUAGUGAAAAGAAUUCAGGAAGAGAUGUUAAAGAACGGGAACACAAAAAGGAUAGAAAGGAAGAAAUACGCAUGCAGGAGUUAAUUAGGAAAGAGGAAAAAAACAUUGAACAAGCGAUCAAAUUAAGCAAAAAAGCAUGUGCCCUGCUGACAACCGAUUUUAAAAAAUUCUUUGAUGAUCAUGUAAGAAUUGGCGCAAAACUUAAAUGUAUUCCUGAAUAUGAUGUUAUUGAAAGUGAUUUGAUGGAUCUUAUAAAGCCACUAUUUCCGACUGAAACUGUUAAAAUCUAUAAAUUCGGUUCUCGUAUAUCUGGUAUUGGCAGUCGCGAAUCAGAUUUGGAUUUAUUCAUUGAUAUUGGCGAUACUUUUAAUGUAUUUAAAAAUAGAGCCAGUAAUGAAACUGUUCAUAAACUGCAGAUCGUUGCAAAUGCAUUGAAUAAGCAGAGCAACACGUGGAAAGGCAUAGUGCAGAUCAGUAAAGCUCGUGUUCCUAUAAUAAAAAUUAUACAUUCGCAAACCAGUAUAGAAUGUGAUAUUAAUUUUUCGAACAGUCUGGGUACUGUAAAUACACAAUUUCUGGAAUUUAUAUUUAAUCUUCAGCCCAUUGCACGUAUGUUGUGCAUUUUUAUGAAAAAAUGGUUACAUCGUACAGGUGUCAAUAGUGAGAUGAAUACCUAUUCUAUGAUUUUGAUGGUCAUUUUUUAUUUACAAACUGAGAACGUAUUACCAUCAUUGGAAAAAUUGCAAGAAAAUGUUAAUAUGGAAAAAGCGUUCACUGUUGGACCUUGGUUAUGUUCAUAUGCCACCUUGACUUUGAAUGAUCUAAAUAUAAUACUAUUGGAAUUAAAUCAACAAAAUUUGUUAAAAUUCGUUAGAGGAUUUUUUUUGUUCUAUACUAGUUUCAAUUUUGAAACUGAUAUUGUCUGUCCCUAUUUGGGUAAACCUAUUAAAAGAGUUGAUUUGGAUAUACUAAUGCCAAGCAGAUAUACCGAAUUUGUUAAAAGUUUUCCCGAAUAUGCAUUACAACUGGAUAAAAAAGCAAUUGUUGUACAAGAUCCCAUACAACUAAAUCACAAUGUUACUAAAGGUUUGUCAGCUUUUACUAUUAAAGUACUUAAAUCAUUUAUGGUAAAAUCGUUGGAUGUUAUAAAUGACACUUUUCUGUUUUAGUUUUAACAAAUAGAUAUUAAUGUAUUAAUAUAUUAUUUUCAAUUCCAGGUUUUCAGGUUUUAAUGUGGUUAUACACAAUAUAACAAAUUGUAUAGAAAUUUUCAGUACAAGAGCGAUUUUCUGUGAAACCUGCAAAUCCGCCAAGUUGUGAAACAAACCUGCAUUGUUCCAGUACUAGAAGAUCGUUUCCGUACCCAAAAUUUUCAUAUAUUUUGUUGUAUUACGGACAAUUGCUGAAUAAAACCUGCAAACCUGACAAGUACCUACUGGUAAAGAUAAACUAAAAAGCCAAUCAAACGAAAUAUUGUAUUCAAGAUUAGUUUAGUUUUAUUUUUUCUUUAAUUAUAAACUAUAGACAAUGUAACCUUUUACCUUGAAUAAAUACAUUUCAAUAAAAUUAUUUGCAAUAUAA